GUGCCAGGGUGGUGGUGGAGGGCCCCCCCCCCCGAACCCCCUUGACCUUUGACCCAAGGGGACUCUCUGACAUGUGACCUCGGCCGAGGGCACGUGGCCUGUCCGGAUGGGGAAGAUCCCGGGUAGGGUGGGCCACGUGGUGGGACGCCCCGCGCCCCAUAACACCACGUGACCAGGCUGCCUCACGUCAUCGUCGUCACCCUGGAUACCCUUCUGAUUGCCCCCCCCCCCCACUGGCCCCUUUAAGAACCCCCCUCUCAUUCCCCAUUGGCUGGUGCCCUCUCCGCUCCUGGUUGGCUCCGUCCCCAGCCCCGUCCCCCACGGGAACGGGUUGGCUCCUGAGCCCGCCCAUCGCCCGCGUCGCCCAGCAACCGGCCGCUGUCAAUCACGGCCGGCUCCCGCUUUCCAAUAGCUAAACCCCACCCCUUUCCCUUCCGCGGCAUCACCAUUGGCUGCCGCCGCCCCUUCCACCCUUCCCAUUGGCUGCCUUCCCCGGCACUAGGGCGGCGGCACCGCCCUUCCCCCUGCUCGCCUUUGAUUGGCCCGUGCCUCUCGCCCCAAUUCCCCUCACGUGGGGAGGGCGCGGGCCAAUCAGGGCCGGCGCGGGGGGGCGGAGCUUAGAGGCCGGCUGGAGUCUAAGGGCGCAGCCCCCACCCGCGCGCGGCCAUGACGCGGGACGUGACGCCGGAGGACGAGCUGCCCGACUGGGCCGGCGCCCGCGACUUCUACCAGAAGUACGAGCCCAAGGACGUCAUCGGCAGGGGCGUGAGCAGCGUGGUGCGGCGCUGCGUGCACAAGCCGUCGGGCCGGGAGCUGGCGGUGAAGAUCGUGGAGCUGGCGCCCGAGCACUCCUCGCCGCAGCAGCUGGAGGAGGUCCGCGCCGCCACCGCCAAGGAGGUCGCCAUCUUGCGCCAGCUGGCCGGGCACCCCCACAUCAUCACCCUCAUCGAUUCCUAUGAGUCGGCCACCUUCGUGUUCCUCGUGUUUGACCUGAUGCGGCGAGGGGAGCUCUUCGACUACCUGACCGAGAAGGUGACCCUCAGCGAAAAGGAGGCCAGGGGCAUCAUGCGGGCGCUGCUGGAGGCCGUGAGCUACCUGCACGCCCAGGGCAUCGUGCACCGCGACCUGAAGCCCGAGAACAUCCUGCUGGACGAGGAGCUGCGUGUGCGCCUCUCCGACUUCGGCUUCUCCUGCCACCUCCCGCCCGGGCAGCGCCUGCGGGAGCUGUGUGGGACCCCCGGGUACCUGGCCCCUGAGAUCCUCAAGUGCUCCAUGGACGAGACCCACCUGGGCUACGGGCACGAGGUCGACCUGUGGGCAUGUGGCGUGAUCUUCUACACGCUGCUGGCCGGGUCGCCGCCCUUCUGGCACCGCAAGCAGCUGCUGAUGCUGCGCAUGAUCAUGGAGGGGCGCUACGCCUUCGGCUCCCCUGAGUGGGAUGACCGCUCCGAAACCGUCAAGGACCUGAUCUCGAAGCUGCUACGGUUGGAGCCGGCGGAGCGGCUGACGGCGGAGCAGGCCCUGCGCCACCCCUUCUUCCAGCGCUGCGAGGGCCGCGAGGCUCUCAGCCCCUUCCGCCGCUUCCGGGUGGCAGCGUGGGUGGCGUGGGCUGCUGCCGGGCUGUGGCUGGGCCUGCGCCGGGCACGCCAGGCACCACGGGAGCAGCUGCUGCGCGACCCCUACGGGCUGCGGCCCCUGCGCCGUCUCAUCGACGCCAGCGCCUUCCGCCUCUACGGCCACUGGGUGCAGCGUGGCGAGCACCAGAGCCGGGCCGCCCUCUUCGAGACCCGCCCCAAGGCCCUGACCCUUGCGCCCACGCCCCCCAGCCCCCCUGCCAUGGUCACCACCACGGGCCUGGGGCCACGUUAGACCCCUGCCAGGGUAAUGGGCUCUCCCGUGCAUCGCCCCCUGCUCCUUGGAGCAGUGGGCUCUCCCAUGCCCACUUCACUAGGCCAGUGGACCCUCCUAUGGGACCUCCCCACUCUGCAUUAGACCAAUGGACUCUCUUGGGGGUUCUCCCCCCGCCACACUGGACUUAUGGACUCUCCUGGACUUAUGGACUCUCCCAUGUGUUCUCUCCCCUGGGUCAAUGAAUUGUCCCACAUGCCCUCUCUACUCAUGAGUCCAAUAGCUCUCCCAUGGGUUCCCCCCCACUGGGGCAAUGGACUCUCCCAUGGGUCUCUGCCACUGGGGCCAAUGGACUCCUUCCAUGAUUGCCUCCCCCCCUCAUUGAACUAAUGGACUCUCCCACGUCUUCCCCCUCCCCUGUGCCAACAGAUUCUCCCAUAUGUCUUCUCUACUCAGACCAAUAGGCUCUCCCAUGGGUCCCCCCACACUGGGGCAAUGGACUCUCCCAUGUGUCCUUAUUAGACCAACAGACACCUGUGUCCACGCCCCCCAACUUGGGCAGUGGGCUCUCCUGUGACCCCCUGCAGUAGGGGGGGGGGCAGCUGGAAUCUCCCCUGGGGCAUUGGGGGGGGGGCGGCACUCUGCUGUGCUGAUUGUACCUGCUCCCCUCUCCCUAAUCCUCACUGGACUGAUGGACUCUCCCAUACUCCCUCCCCCCCCACUUUAGACCAAUGGUUUUUCCUUUGGCUCCCCUCUUGGGCUAGUGGACUCUCCAAUGGAUCCUUCCCCGCCUUAUUACACCAAUGGACUCUCCUGUGGGUCCCCCCGUCACUGGGCCAAUGGACUCUCCCACAUGUCCUCUCUACUCAAGACCAAGGGACUCUCCCAUAAAUUCCCCCCCCCCCCCACACACACACACACACACACACACACAGGGACAAUGGACUCUCCCAUGGAUUGUCCCUACCCCUCUUUGGACCAAUGGACUCUCCUGUACCCCCCCUUUAGAACAAUGGACUCUCCCAUGCCCCCCACUGGGGCAGUGAGCUCUCCCGUGCCCCACCCCACAACCAAUGGGAGGGAGUGAGGGCAGGUGGACUCUCCCAUGGGGCGGGGGAGGCUCUGCUAAGCUGCUAAUAAACAUGCCUCUGCCCCACA